CCAUCGUCGCUGGUACCACAAAAGUUGAUCUCGUCGUCCGCCGUCGAGCGCUCGAUCCACCCGUACCGCCCCCUCAGUAGGCAACUCCAGCUGCACACGUACAUCGCCGCCCGGGUCGACCACGCGCGCGCACACUGGCGUACGCACUCUUAACGUUUUGGCAAUACCGAAAAGUUUGACGAGACGUAGGCUGGUAGUGGCCGGUGGCGGAAAAGGAGACGAACGCAGCCGUAGAUAGAGCGCGAUGCCGCGCCGUGUACCGACGUAGCGCGCGUGUGUGUGUACAACGCCGUUUACGAUAAACAGAUAGUUGGCCGCCGCCGAACGCAGCACACGAGACCGGCCGGCCCCGGGACGCACGGUUUUUUUUUUUUUUUUUUUACCAAUUCGUUCUCGAACUCCUAUCAUUAGUAUUUCUAAUUUACUAUUGCGAACGACCACUGUCGAUAGAUUGUCUAGCCAAUCGUGCGCAGCGCGCGCGUGUGUGUGUGUCAAGGGCGUGUUGCCCGCGUACGCGUCUCGGUGGAUUAAAACCGCGGGCCGGUGGUGGCCGCCCGAGACCGGCACGACUGGUUGUGUCUCGUCAGCUGUUUGUGCACGCACCGCUAAUCGUGUAUCGAAAUUACGGACACGGCCGCGGCCGUCGUCGUUGCCGCCAUCACAGCCCCGUCCACAGCGGAUCCGAGUGGCAUAAUGGAAAUACGGCUCCGUCGUCGUACCAACGACCUCGUACGGUGCCGACGGAGUUUCUCUUAUUCGCAUGAAAAUCGCGGCCUGGCGCUGAAGCAGCAACACGCAGCAAGCCGUCAACAGGAAUUACGGAAACAACAACAGCGACAGUGGCUGGAACAGCGGAGUCCCGCAACGGCCUCCUGUUGAUACCAUCGCCGCCGCUACCGUUAGCGACCGCCAACACCGCCGCCAUCACAUCCACCACGGACCACGACGACGUGUCGCGCGCACCGCCGUCACCGUGGCCGCUGAAUGGGACAUGGGAAUACUCCUGGCCCUGUUCACCGUUUACCUGUUUAUUACAGAAACACUAUGCGGACCUCAUGAGAAGCGAUUGCUCAACGAUUUGCUGGAUCCUUACAACACGCUUGAAAGGCCAGUAGCUAAUGAAUCGGAACCACUACAACUAAAUCUUGCUCUUAUGCUUAUGCAAAUAAUAGAUGUGAAUGAAAAAGAUCAGUUGUUAGUGACCAACAUGUGGCUAAGACUGGAAUGGAAUGAUGUAAACCUACGAUGGAAUCAUAGUGAUUAUGGUGGAGUAAAGGAUUUGCGAAUACCACCACAUAAAAUAUGGAAACCAGAUUUGCUCAUGUACAAUAGUGCUGAUGAAGGAUUCGACAGCACGUACCAAACGAACAUCGUAGUGAACAGUAAUGGUAGUUGUUUGUAUAUACCACCGGGCAUAUUCAAAAGUACGUGCAAGAUAGAUAUCACGUGGUUCCCCUUUGAUGAUCAAAAAUGUGAUAUGAAGUUUGGAAGUUGGACUUAUGAUGGUUUUCAGCUGGAUCUUCAACUCCACGACGAUGCAGGAGGGGACCUAUCUGGUUUUGUAACUAACGGUGAAUGGGACCUACUCGGCGUACCUGGCAAACGUAAUGUGAUCUACUACAGUUGCUGUCCUGAACCGUACAUAGACAUUACGUUUUCCAUCUUAAUUAGGAGACGCACUCUGUAUUAUUUUUUCAACCUGAUAGUUCCGUGCGUGUUGAUUGCGUCCAUGGCAGUUCUAGGAUUUACUCUACCGCCGGAUUGCGGCGAAAAACUAUCAUUAGGUGUAACGAUUCUUCUGUCGUUGACCGUUUUUCUAAAUAUGGUGGCCGAGACUAUGCCGGCUACUUCGGACGCAGUUCCUCUUUUAGGGGUAACAAUCCUCCUAUCACUGUCUGUAUUUUCACUCAUGAUAGCCGAUGCCUUACCACAAACAUCUGAAGCUAUCCCCUUACUAGGUACUUACUUCAAUUGUAUCAUGUUCAUGGUGGCGUCAUCUGUGGUUUCUACGAUCAUGAUACUUAACUAUCAUCAUCGCAAUGCAGACACACACGUCAUGUCUAAAUGGGUAAAAUUAGUGCUCCUUGUUUGGAUGCCAUACAUUAUGUGCAUGACACGUCCAAACAGAGAGGAUUCACCGAGCAAGCAGGAAAAAAAGUCAACAGCGUCUUCCAUCCAUCAUCUUCCGGACCUGGAGUUCCGAGCCAAAUCGUCUAGAAGUUUACUAGCCAACGUGCUAGACCUGGACGAUGAUCUCAGAUCGUCUACCCGCAGCUAUCCCGGGGCUAGGAGUCAAGUUGCGCCCAUGCCAGAGCACGUGGUCGAGCAGCAGCAGCAGCACUCUACGGUAAUUCACAGAGGUGGCGGUAACGCUUCGCAAAUGGCCGCUGCUUCCUGUCUAGGUCCUCAUAGGGAGCUAUCGUUGAUCCUAAAGGAGCUACGCACGAUUACGGAUAAACUGCGCAAAGAAGAAGAAGACGAGGAGAUUACUAAUGACUGGAAAUUCGCGGCUAUGGUAGUCGACCGCAUGUGCCUGUAUAUAUUCACAUUUUUCACCGUGGCCGCCACAAUCGCAGUACUUAUGUCUGCUCCGCAUGUGAUUGUAACGUGAUCCGUACGGCAGUGUUGUCAACUAAACGCCCUGAACACUACGAGUUCGUUGAACGGUAUUUUAACACGAUUUGUAACAGCGAUCUGUCUUUACUUUAAACACAGUCAUUUACUUACACUAGCGCAACUCAAUUUCUCAUUUUUAUAAAAUUUCAAGACAAAUCCGGCACUUUUUUCAACAAAACACUUUCAAUGUUUAUAGUUCAAAAGUUAUGGAGUAUUUUAUCUUAGAAUUAUUAAACUUAGAGUAUUGAAACAAAGCACAUUACAUUGUUGUUAAAAGUAAAGUAUUUUUUUUAUCAAGAUUAUCAUUUAAAUUAACGCAAUAACUUUGUACCGAAAAAUAAAAAAUCAAUUUUAUCAGGAUCUAAAAUUAACUUGACGUUCAAAUGAAAUUCGUUUUGAGUAGUGUUUUUAAUUGGAAAAAUAUUGUAAUGAAGUCUUGUGCAAUGGCCUAUUUACCAAUAACAAAACGGCGAUUUCUCUUUAAAUAAUACAUGUAUCAUUUUCAAUAAUUAUUCAAGUUAAUAUUAAUUUUAUAUAAGUUAAAUACAUACAUCGUAAUAAAAAAUAAUCUCAUUUACUAUAAUUUCCACGAAAAGUUAUGCUUACGAAUAUUGAAAAAUCAGUGCCAUUGCUUAAAAAUAUUAUUAUUAUUUAGUUAGCAAAGAAUUCUAUGUUACGUUGAAUGACAAAAUCUUGAGUCGUCUUCCGGUUCAAAUAAAUGUCAUAAAAAGAAGUUCUAUAUAUAUUAAUAUAAUAUUUUAAACUGUAAAUUAUAUUCGGUGUAUUGUUUAGUUGAAUUAUAUUUUAUAAAAUCAGCUACUUAGGAUAAUUUCUUAGACUAGAGUUGGGUAUAAAUUAUAUGUCUUUAUUAUCUUUGACAUAUUUUUAUUAUAAAGCUAAUGAUUCACUAAUGAUCGUUAAUUUACAAAGUGUUAAAUAACAAUUGAGCUCAAUUAAAUGCUUUCAUAAAUAAUGAUAAUUGUAUUAUAAAUUGAUAUUUAAAUAAAACCCAUUAAAAUAUUGUAUAGAGUUAUUCAUUGUUAAAAAAUAAUAUACAUAUAACAUAAAAUUGUUCUAUAAACGUGAAAACCGUUAAAAUUAUAACAUGUGAGAAUAAACAAUGAUUUUAUUAUAAAAAAAGAUGUUUAAUAAUGAUAAAAAAUGUAAAUACUUACUUUGUUAUUUGUACGUUGUUAUUGAAUCUUGUUAACAUAAUUAUAAUUGAUUUUAUAUUAAUGUAGACAGUUUAGUAAGAAUAAUUUAAUAAUAAUUAUGUAUGUAUGCAUAAAUUUAUAGGUUAAUGUUUCGGGCAUUUUAUAAUAAAUUACAUUUAUAUGAGCGAAAAAAUUCGAGUACGAAUCAAAAGACUUAAUUUAAUUUUUAUCAUGAGUCCAUCAAAACUCAUAAAGGGUUUAAAUUAGUUUUGCACAAAUCAGAACAAUUGCCACAUCCAUAGAUUAUUGUAUAAAUUCUUUUAAAAACAUCAUUCACUUAAACCUAUAAUUAUUCUUCUACUUGACAUUCAUUUUUAAAACUAUCAUCAUUAUGAAAAUUUACCUCGUCAUCUUUAUCCCAAUUAUCAAUAAUUAUAAUCGUAUUAUUAUUAUUAUUAAUGAAAUCACAAUUUUUUUUGUUAUUAUUAUUAUUAUUUUUUUUUUUAGAAAACUAAUAGAGUAAUUUAUAUAUUAUAAUAAGUACUUGUAAUGAUAAAUUAGAAAGAAAAAAAUGGUGCACAUUGUCUAAAUCAAUAAAUUUUUACCUUCAAUUGUAAUUUAUUAAAGCAAAUAAAAUUAUUAAUUUUAGUUAAUUAAUUUAACGAAAGCUUUUGUUAAGUGACGAAUAUCACUGUAUUGUGUCAAAAAAUGUCUUUGUUUAAAAGAACAAAAAUACUGUUAAAGUAAUAGCGAUUAUAGUAUUAUUCUUGGCUAAGAUAAUAAUUAUUAUAGCAUUACGAUUUGACGGUUAUAUUGGAAAGAAUAUUAUAUUGCAAUUUGAUACACGACACUAUCAAAUUGUGAAUUCGCUCAUCUAGGCGCUGUUCUCUAAAUUCGUUAAGUGAUUAAUUUUAUUUUAAAUGUUAACGAUAAAAUAUACAAAUCUAGUAAAUUAUAAUACGUAUUAUAUACGUACACAAUACUGUGUAAUAUUUCACUAUCAUUAGAUCAUAACAAUUAAUAAGUUUAAAAAUUAUAUAAAAAAAAAAACUUGGUUGCGUUUAAUUUUUACUACUAUUGCUUGUAAUAUUAUUCAUGUACUUCCAAAUUAACACUAUAAAUUAUUUUAAAUUGUAUUGAUAAUUUUAAUCUGCCAAUAACAUUUUCAUUGUAUAACUUUUUAGCAGACAAUCACUAAAAUGUCUCACAAAUGUUUUACGUAUCAUUCAUCAUGAAUUUGUUCAGUUUUAACAUGGAUAUGUUUAUGUACAUGUAUUAUUUUAUUUUAUAACAAAAUAACAUAAUUAAUAUUAUUAAUGCUUAUGUUACUUGUACUUUUCUUAGAAUUAUGUUGAUAUUCUACGUAAACACAUACAGAUGAGCUCACAGUUUUUAAUUAAUUUUAAAAAAAUGCCAGUAAUCAAUAAAGUUUGUUUUUAUAUAAAUUUAAAUUAAGUGAGUUGAUAAUUGUUGAAACUUUAUUUUACUGCAUUUAAAUUGGUUAAUAGUGAUUGUGUAUAGUAUUUUAAAGCAUUAUUUUUCAUUUGAGUGCCUUUACAAAUCGUAUUAAUGUUUUAAUGUGUUUAUAUAUUAUUUAAUUUUUUUUUCAUAAAUUUCCUAAAUUUUACCAACAUCACUUUUAAUUUAAAUAAGUAUUUUGUUUAUAAUAUCGUUUCUUCGAACUGUUUAAUGUUGUUAAAAACAACUUGUUAUAGUAAAUAAUUAUUUUAUUUGUUUAAUGUUUAUAGAAAAUUGAUUUGUGGGCCAACUCAUUAUCUCUAGGCUGAUUAAACAAAAUCAACUUUAUAAUACUAUAUAUUGAUAUAAAACAAUGCGCAAUACGGUGUACGAAAUAUAAUAUAGAUUUGCUCAUAGAAUUGUUAACUCUUGUAUAUUGUAGAUGUCAAAAAAAUGUUUCAUUUCAAGCAAUAUCUACUUAAAAUAUAAAAGUUAUAAUUGUGUUUAUUAA